AAUUUCCUGACACCUGUGAAUUUUUAUUGUUUUUAUUGGAUUUAGAGAGGUUACAACCAUGCAGCAACACAAUGGAAGUCAACCUCCAAGCAGUCCAGCUAAGAAUAGGAGGAAAAAUCCUGAUUAUUGUGGAAAGACAUUCCUUAGGAAUGUUCUCUAUGUGUUUAAUCUGGUCUUCUUUUUUUCUGGCGCUGCCUUUUUAGCAGUGGGUCUGUACAUUUUGUUAAGUAGACACUCUUUUGUAAGUCUGCUUGGUGGAGCAAUGUUUCCUGUGACAACCUACCUUAUUGUGGCAACAGGUGUCCUUAUUAUUGUCAUUGGCUGUGUAGGAUGUUUCGGAGCUUGCCAGGAGAACAGAUGUCUCCUCUUUACUUAUGCAUCUUUUCUAUUGGUUAUAUUUCUACUUGAGGCAGUAGCCGGAGUACUGGCAUACAUGUAUAAUGGUGUGAUAAGUGAAGAGUUAACAAGAAAUUUGAAUGAAACAAUGAUGGAGAAAUACAACUUUGAUGUCAAAGUUACAAAAGCAAUAGAUGAUAUGCAGCAAGAGUUUUUCUGCUGUGGAUCAAAUUCAUUUGAAGACUGGAAAUAUUCUAAAUGGUUGAAGGAAAACAAAGAUGAACAGCACAAGACACCUGACAGUUGUUGUAAGUCUGAAGAUCAACUAUGUGCUAUCAGGGACCAUCCAUCCAAUAUAAACUAUUUGGGUUGCAGUAGAAGGUUAGAACAGGUUACGAAGGAAUCUCUCAUUCUUAUUGGUGGAAUUGCUCUCGGAUUUUGUUUUAUACAAGUAUUUGGUAUCAUCUUCUCUUGUUGUCUCAUCCGAAAGAUCAAAGAAGCCAAGUAUCGUUACUGACAACGAGACAGAGUCAAGCUUAGAGUACAGUUCAGACCUAGAUCUGCUUUCAAUAACUGAUGACUAAUAAAAGCUGCUUUUAGUAGCAAUUAAUACAGUUCAUGUUCCCUUUAGGAAUAACAAAAUAAAGUAUUAGGAAAUGAGAGCAUCAAAAAAUGGCUUUUAACUAUAUUUUAUUAUUAUUUUUAUGCAAAGAAAAAAAAUUCUGACAUUACAGAAGAUUUCAAUCUGAAGGUAAUAUGCAUGUUUUGUGUACAUUAUGUCAACACAGUGUAGUCAGAUAUUUAACAUAUUUUUCUGUUGGUGAUUAUCUGAUACACAAAUUUAUAGGUAAUGAAUUACUUUUGUAGCAUAAUUAAAUGAUAAAGAUAUGAUUUGGUAAAAAAUCUGCAGAAUAUAUAGGUGUCAAGAUAAGUUGCCAAAUUAUUGCCAAUAAAUUGUUUGCCAAUGAAUUAAUGUACUUUCAGAUAUAUUAUAAUGAUAUUAAUGAAUAUAGAAUUAUUUAAUGUGAUUUUAAUCACUGUGUAGACAAGUUUCAGAUAAAGAAUAUUCAUGUAUUAAAAGACGUGGUGGCACAUUGAUUUAGAUUAGUAAACAUCAUUUUCCUUGACUGAAUUAGAAUAUUCUGGAUAUGGACUAUAAAUGUACUGUUGAGAUUUGUGUUUAAGGUGACUCAUUCAUUAUUAGAUAUUGAACUUUAGUCAUACUGCUAUUGUUUUAAAGGGGUGUCCGUGUCCGUGGCUGAGUGGUUAAGGUCAUUGGCUAAAAACCAAUUGUCCCUCACUGCUGUGUGUUCAAAUUCCGACAUGUGAGGAAGCUAUUGAGCCAGCUAAUGGAUCGUCAGUGGUUCUACUCAGGUGCCUGUUAGUGCCGGAAAUAAUGCACGGAAGGGCACCUUAGGUCUUCCUCCACCAGUAAAGCUUGAACAUUGCCAUAUGACCUAUACUGUGUUGGUGUGUUGUAAAACCCAAACAAACAAUCUUUUCGAAGUCAAACACAGGGUCAAGAGUCAAGUGAUAUCUCGUCAACACUCUACCUUAUGACAUGAUAAAUUUGACAAAUCUUAGAUGACUAAAUUGGUAUUAAGAAUUGUACAAUGAUGUAUGUGUCACCCUAAACUGUUUAUUUUUGCAUAAUCAGACAAAAAAAUGGAUGAUGUAUGUGUCACCUUAAAUUGUUGCUUUUUACAUAAACAGACAAAAAAAUGCAUAGUAGCUAGAUAAGUUGUUAGCAAAAAUUAUUCAUGGAUUUUGUUAUUUCCAGAUUUUAUGUUUUUUGUAUUGCUGUAGCUAGGUUAAGAUGUGUUGUUUUGGUUACAAUUGCGGAGAAAGAUUGAAUUCUAGAUUGAUGCCAACGUCAAAUUUUACCCCACUACUUUGUCUACAUUGAAGACAAAAUUAUUGAUUUUUGCUGACAAAUAUUUGAUUAUGAUAAUAUUAUUGCACAUUUGUUUUUCAAAUAUCUGUAAAAGGUUGAAUUCUGAGCUGUAUUCUAGUUUGACUUUGAUGAUAAUUAUACAUAUAGUUAUAAGGUUUAUGCAAACCUUUUGAAGUUCAACAUUCUACAAUACUUAGUUAUCUAAGUUUUAGGAUUUUUUUCAUGAAUUUGAUACAAUUAUGGACAAAGUACUUAUUUCGUUCAAGGUAUAUUGUAUAUUGUUCUUUUAGUCCACACAAAACUUACAGAGCGAGCAUUUCCUGGUUUAAAUUAGCAAGAAUAGAAUGUUAUGGGCUUUAUAAUAAUAUGAAAUUGAACAACCAAUAGUAUGGAGUUAAAUCAACAUUGACUGGUCCAGCUGUGAAGAUGUGCUGUCUUGUUGCCAUAUUUAUAAUACAUAGAGGAUAUUCAAGUUUUUUCUAUUUAAGCGGUAUGAAAAUAAAUAUUUCAUGAGUGGAGGUAGCCACAAAUGAAAUAUGAUAAUUUGCAUAUCACAAGAUGAAAGUAAGUCGUGUAUUUAUAAAAAAAACUUGAAUUUUCUUUUUGUUAUAUACAUUUUUCACUUUUUAGACAUUACAAUUUGAAAAACUUCCACUUGAUUUUUGUGUAUUUGCUGAAUUUAGAAAAAAGAAGUCCGGCAAGACACCUGUGAAAAUUUGAAAAAUAUGUUUCACUGCAGUGACAACUGAAUUUUUACUGUGAAAGACAGAAAAUGAAAAUACGCAUUUUAUUUCAUCAAUAUUUCUCAAUAUUUCAUUUGAAAGUUUAUAAUAAAGUGAAAAAUUUGAAAGAUUCAUUUGAAAAAAAGAAUUUAUGUUCCAUUUGGUAAAAAUUUGUAAGAUGUGGCUUAAUAAAACCGUCAGUAAAUAUAGUGGAUUAAACUUUAACCUAUAAUUAAAAAACGUACAGUCUUAUAUAUGCAAGUCACGAGUUGUUUUUUACUCUUAAUAAUUCAGAAACUAUUUUUAUGGAAAUCAGAAACUAUUUUUAUAGAAUUACCUUGAUAACAGUACUUAUUUCUUAGUAACAUAUGAACUAUAAAACAGACAAUUGAGAGAGAUUAUGUUGAAAUUUUGUGUUCAUUAUUUGUUCUGUAGAUUUACGCAAUACUUUUUAGGAAAAUGACCAGUUAGAGUUUAAACCUUAACUAGUCUUUUUCUCUUUGUAAUAAUCCUUGUUUAUAUAAAAAACGAACUUGAAAAGACUUGAAGCUUAUUAAAUUAUUUGCCACUUUAGCAUUGAAAGUUAAAAUGAAAAAAGUAUGAGAUGUAUAAUGAUAAUAUAUUAAUUGUAGACAUUCAAAUAUAUAAGUAUUCGGUUGAUAGUUCAACAAAUAAUUGCCAGUAAUUUAAUAUGUGUUAUACUGAUUAUUAUUUUUUACCUUUCUUUUUUCUUUUUGGUUGAAAUUAUGUUUAUUUUUAUAUGUGUACAUGUAUGUCACAGUAAAUUAAUAAAUAUAUUAUUAUCAUCAUUAUUAUUAUAAGCUUUAAGCCGUAAUCUCAUACAGUUUGACAAAAUUUUGAUAAGUUUCAAAUAUGGAUAUUCAUACGAAUGAUAUGAUUAUAUUUCAAUUAACCUGUCAAAAUUCAAAAAUCAUUAUAAAAUAUGCUUUCAAAACCAAUAUUUUGUCAAUUAUUCAUGUUUAGAGUUAAUAUUUAUUUUAUAAACCAAUAAAAUAAGCAAAUAACUGUUAUUAAAAACCAAUUAACAAACUUGAUAGUGCCAAAGCUUUUUAUAGUAAGCAAUAUUAACCUUAUAUUGUGUAUAUAGUGUAUCAUACAAUAAUAAAUUUGUUUGUAUAACAUAUAAUGUAUAUAUUUAAAUCUGCCGUUAACUACUUUUUUCUCUAUGCAAAUGAGUAUUAGUAUAUUUUAUACAAUUCUUCGGGUUAUUUUUGUAGACUAUGAAUAUAUCCUUCCUUACUUUCUAACAAAUCUGUUGAAUAAUAAUAACUCACUCCUGAUUAAACAGUCUACCAUAUGUUUAACACGUAUAAUAUUUCAAUUAAUUAUUUUUAAUUAUUUUUUUUUUCAAAUAUUCAUAACUGAGAAAAAAUGUCAGUCGAUUCAUUUAUUGUGCACAAACUAAUGUAUGUAGUGUAUGUCUUUGUUAAGAACCUUGUGUAGUGCGUUCUUAAAAAAUUUACAGACUCAUAGACUUAUAGUUACUCUGUUUAUUGUUAAUUGAACACGUCAGAAUUGCAUUGUUUAUUGUAAAUUGAACUGCACUUAUUGAAUUAUUUUUUUAAUAAGGAAAGGAAAAUUAUGUUGUUAAUUGGGCUUAAAUGGCUGCGGGUUUAUCACAAUAGAUGUAAGAAUAAUUUUCUCUUUUCUUGCCAUAUUCCCAUUUGUUUAUGUCAGUCUUACAUCUCAUAGAUAAGAUUUGAUAAUGUUACCAUAAGUGUAUGACAUUAGUUUUUGUAUUAUCGCAUAACCCUGAUCAAAGUUUAAAGCAGCACGCCUUCAGAUUCAUGCUAAUUUCAUGAUUUUUUUAUUUUUUUGAAGUAAAAUAUUGUGAAGUGAAAACAGAAAAGUCAUUUUCACAUUGCAAACAGCACUCAAUCCAUUUAAAUUAUCAAUAAGAGGUCAAUAUAUGCAAAAAAACUUUUACUGCAUUAGUCAUGCAUUAGCAAUAUGGUGGUCAAUACUGCAAAAUCAGUCAUUAGUCACAUGUAAAUUAUGUAAUGUAAAUUAUUUAUUGAAUCUUGAUUCUUUAUACUUUUCUUAAAAUGUUAGAACAUUUUCCUUAAGUUUGACAUAUCUUGAAAUAUUUUGGCUCAUCUGGAGGCAUGUAGCUUUAAAUAGCUUCAAACAUUCCAAUAUGCUAAAACAGUUCCAGCCUCCUGCUUUAGCGUGAUUCAUACAAAAUGUACCUGAUGUUAAUAUGUAAAUCAAAUGUGAUAAUGAUAUAUGAUUUAUUCAUUACAUCUGUUAGCUUUUAGGAUUUUGUUGGAGUUUUUUGUGUGUAAAUUAGUUUGUAAUUUGUUUUCAAAGGUGUCAUGGAUUAUUUUUUGCCCUCUUGAACAAUGUUUUAUUUGAUAUUAUUUAGAAUUUUGUUAAUAAACGGUUGUGAAAUGAUGUGAUAGAUACAAAAUAAAAGGAAAAAAAGUAUCAAGUAGAUGUACUAAACAAAAUUGCUAGUGCUCUGAUUUCAAACUUGCAAGGAAUAACUAUAUACCCAAAUGUUUUCCAAAUCAUUACUUUAUAUUUUCUUACCAGGUUUCUCAUGGCACUUUCAUUUCUUGACCAUUGUCUAAGAUAUUUAGAUGCAUUGCAUAGAUGUCUACUCUUGAAAAGGGUUUGAGGUUGAUAUAGACUAGGUCACUGGGGCUAGACAAUUCAUAAUAUUGCAUAAAAGUUUGUUCAACAUAGAAACCAGGUCUCUGGGUAUUGAGAGUAUACCUCAGGUCUCCCUCCACUAGUUAAUCUUAGGUUUCUUAACACUUAAUCAUUUAGAAAAGAUGCCAUAUGUUUGUCAUCCACAGUGAACAUUUGACUUUUACACUGAAAAGUCAGCCUUCCACAACCAGUCAGAUACUGACGAAAGAGCAACUGUGUACAAGUAUUGUAAGCUGGUGGACGGUGUUCUUUGUCAGUAUUAAUAGAAUCUCAAGUUUGUUUUCAGAAGCUUUUAAAGUUUGUUUUCAGAAGCUUUUAUUAAAAGAAAAUGCAUAUGUUUGUAUUUGAGCAAAAAUGUUUUUUUUUAUGACAUUUAAUUUUGCUUCCUAUAACUAUUAGUGCACACUAAAGAAUACAUUUGAGUAAACAAUACAAAAAUAAAUAUUAGAUUAUAGGAAAAAAAACUGGUAAAUUUUUUAAGGAGUCCACCUCUGAAUGCUAGCUUUUCAGUGGAAAUUAGAUAAAAUACAUUUUCUAUGAAAUAUUAAGUGUAAUUUCUUUUGUUUUAUGUUCUUAGAUUAAAUUUAAAUUUGUUUACAUUCAAGGAAAGAUGAUAUGAUGUAGAUAUAGUUAUUUCUAAAUCUUAAUUGAAUACUCUGUGAAUAUAUGUCCUCAAUGUUUACUUCUAUCAAUGUUUAAUUUAAGACUUCAAAUUCCCGAAAGUCUAAUGUAUUUCUCAAACAUCUGUGCCUUUAAGAUAAAAUAUGCAUAAAUAUGUACAGAAGUAGCAAAAAAUGUCAAGUUUUAAAUACAUUUUUUUCUUUGGGAAAUGUUGUUAUCGUUUCCAACAUUACCUGAAAUUACAAAUUGGAUCAUUAAUUGAAAUGUAAAUGAGGACGACUGAUCACAACAUGGCUAGCAAGGAUUUUAUUUAUUUAGCAGUUAAUAUCGAGAUAUAUGCAUGUUAUUUUGUAUAACUUGUAUUAAAUUUGUAUCAUUUUUUUUGUUUAAUAAAUUUAUAAGAAUAA